AUGGUAGUAUUGGAGGGCGGGAGCCUUGAGCACCACAGGAGCGGCUUUGAUGAUGGCAGGGGCAGCGGUGGGGGCGGUGUUGUGGACGACUGCGUUGAAACCGUUGUGGUCAUCGGCGGUGUACUCAACGGUACGGAUGGAGCCAUCAGCUUCAUGGAAGGAGUACGAACCUUUCACCACAUCACCGUCGCGGGAUUCUUGCUGAGACUUUUGGUCACCGGUGUGCCCGUCAGCUACGGAGCAUACCCCAAAUACGAGUAUACUUAUUCUGUGGCUGAUGGACACACUGGUGACAAAAAGUCACAACAAGAAUCCCGUGACGGCGAUGUCGUGAAGGGCUCGUACUCUUUCCUCGAGGCUGAUGGUUCUGUACGUACUGUGGAGUACGUGGCUGAUGACCACAACGGAUUCAAUGCUGUGGUACAUAACAGUGCACCGACCGCUGUUCCUGCUUUUAUCAAGCCUGCCCCAGUCCUGUUCAAGGCUCCAGCUCUCCAAUAUUAUCACCACUAG